AUGGAAUCGAAAAAGGAGGAGGAGGUGAUAUUGUGGAACAUGUACCACCAUCCUUCAAGGUAUUCUUACUCUCAGAUCAAAAAGUUCACCAACAACUUCUCCACCAAACUAGGUGAGGGUGCAUUUGGAAAAGUUUACAAAGGGGUUAUUCAUCAAAACGGGGUUGAUGUGAGUGUAGCAGUAAAGGUUUUGAAAUCCAGCAAAGAAAGCGAAAAACAAUUCAUGAAUGAAGUUGCCACUACUGGAGCUGUGCAUCACCAAAAUUUAGUGAGUUUGCUUGGGUAUUGUGUUCAAGGGAAAACCCGUGCAUUGGUUUAUGAGUUCAUGGAAAAGGGAUCUUUAGACAAAUAUAUCUACAACACCAAUUUUGAGAAUAAGUCGUCAUUAUUAAUAAGCUAUUAUAAACAAAUAUAUGCUAUAGCCUUGGAAACAGCUAAGGGGAUUCUAUACUUACACCAAGGGUGUAGGCCUACUAUAUUGCACUUUGAUAUUAAACCUCACAAUGUUUUGCUAGAUUCCAACUUCAGGGCUAAAGUUGCAGAUUUCGGGCUGGCUAGAAUGAUGGGUAAAGAUGAUAGCCAUGUUUCCUUAACAAGGGCUCGAGGCACUCCAGGGUAUGUGGCACCAGAAGUGUGGUUGAACAAGAAGACUACAUAUUAUAAUUAUGGUCCCGUCACUGACAAAUCGGAUGUGUACAGCUAUGGGAUGAUGCUCCUAGAGAUGGUGGGGAGGAGGAAAAAUUGUGAUCCAGAGGGAAACGAAUCCAGCAGCCAAUUCUACUUUCCUAUGUGGGCAUACAACAAGAUCAAGAUUGGUGAAUUGCCUUUAUUACCACCAAUUAUGAUCAGCAGCAGAUUAAUGGGGGAUGAUGAAGUAAAUAUUGUUGCUGCUGCCAUUGAUGAUGAGGUUGAUCAAAGAGAUGGUAGUAGUAGUAGUAGUAGUAGUAGUAGUACUACUGGCCAUGGAGAGAAAGAUGUAGCCUCGGCCUCAAUAUUAAUAGAGAGGAUGUGCUUGGUGGGUCUAUGGUGCAUCCAGCACAUCCCUUCCAACAGGCCAUCCAUGGACAGAGUGAUCCAAAUGUUGGAAGGAAAUGUACAACUUGGAAUCCCUCCUCAUCCAUUUCCCCAUCUCACACCACAAAAUGAAAAUGUGGGCAUUAAUUAUUACACCUAUAACUCAAAUCACCUUGGUACCAACCCCAAUCCAUCUCACUUCAGUGUUGGCAGUGUUAGUUGGUCACUAGAACCACGCUAG